GUCAGGGUUACUGACAAUGCCAAGAAUGGACGAAGUUCAUGAGAAGAAAUCGAAAAAACGACAAAAGAAAGCCAUUUUUGUUUCAUAUUCACCUGAUGCUGGUUAUCCAGAAAAAAAGUUUAUCGUUGAACUUGUUAGACAAUUGAAAGAUAAUAGUUUAGCUGAGGACCUUUGGUUGGAUAAAGAUGAACGGGUUACCGGCUCUCCUAGUUGGUUAUCUCAACGAUUAGAAGCUGUUGAACGAUGUAAAGCUUGCCUAGUGAUUUUAUCGGAGUCAUAUUUAACCUGUCCAGUUUCUUUAUUUGAAGCUAAAACAAUCCUUGAGCGAAAAAGACACAAUAAAGAUUCAGUUCAUGUUUUUCCAAUAUUGUUAUCCAGUAUUGAGAGCGACAUAAGUUUAGAGAAACUAAAGGAAUUAUCCAUUUUACUUGAAAAUGUUGUUGGCGUUGAUUUAACCGGUAAGGAUCAAGUAAACAAAUCAUUUGCAGAAAAAGUGUCGGCAGUUGUUGGAAAAUUAAUGGAGAAUUUAGAAAGAUUUGCCAGUAUUAGAAUUUCUCCUUCACCGCUUACUUCAAAUACAGAAUGGACAGGUGUAUACCUCACAAAAAAAAUUAAUGAGUGGACCAUUGAUGAUCUUCAAGAGUGGUUAUAUAAUGCUGGAAUUAAAGAAUUCUAUCGUCAGGCUUUAGCUGAAGCUAUGAUCGACGGUUUUCUUCUUAUGUCUUUAACGGAUUAUGAUAUGAUCUAUCAUUUAGGAAUUGAUUCACGACCUGUAAGAAAAAAAAUAAUGCAGCAUAUUUUACAAACUCUAGAUAAGGAACAUAAGAUGCCCAAUAAUUGGCAUUUACGAGCUAGAAUGCAGAGGGCCAAGCAAAAUACUAUCUAUAUCAUAUACGAUCCUUCCGAUAUUAGAUUGGCUCAUUGUGUCAAGCAAGAUUUGAUGAAGAAAGGAAUACAGGUAUUUCAUCAUGCUAAGCUGGGAGUUUCAAAAGAUGAAUUUCUCUAUCUCAAUGGGCCAACUAUGGCAUACGCUAGUUUCGUUUUCGUCCUUCUGACGGAGGAAGCAAUUACUUCUCCUUUUGUUUUCAAUGAACUGCUUCUGGCUGAAUGGUUUGGGAAGAAAAUUGUUUCAGGUCUGUUUGCCAAAACAUGGCAAAAUCUUAGACCUUGUCUAAAAGCCGUAUUAGGUGAUUAUUCAGCAAUAGAUUUUCGAAGCAAGCCAUAUGUCGAGAGCAUGGAUGUUCUUGAGCACUUUGUUAAGCCGACUAGAUUCGUCUCGGGUAUCGUUCUCGAGCAAGCCUUUUUAAAUAAAAUAUCUGAUGGGAUAAAGCCAUUAAAUAAGCUGGAAGAGUAUCAGAGUGCCUUACAAUCAAGAAAAAUAGACGCUGAGGAAGAAUAUAAAGUAUUUUUGAGCUAUCAGUGGGACAUUCAAUCAAACGUUGAAGAAUUACAAAAAAUAUUACAAGAGCAUAACAUAAUUUGUAGUAGUGAUAUUAAACCAACAAUGACACUACAACGUUCUAGCUCACGAAUAAACAAGAGUCAAGACAACUCAUCUGAAAAUUCUCAGGCUGCCCUACAAAGGCAUAUGAAAUCCUGCUUGGUAGUGAUAUGCUGCGUAACCCCAAAAUAUCUACAGACAGAGAGCUGUACCAAAGAUAUCUUUCUUGCAGAAAAUCUCAGUAAACCUAUUUUACCAAUAAUUUUUAGAUACUGUCCAUGGCCCCCCGAGGGCAUAACAACUCAAAUAAAAAAAUUACUGUCACGAUACGAACCAAUAGAUAUGAGUAAUCAGACCCUUUUCCGUCAAAAUAUAGCUACAUUAACUGAGAAGAUAAAGUCAUUAUGCCACAAAUGCCAACUGGAAUAUUAA